UCCGCGGCGCCCGCUCGCCGCCGCGGGAUGGGGAGCUAGCGCCACGGCGGCCGCGGUGGCCGCAGCACAGCCAGCCGCCGCCCCCGGGCCUGUCCCGCCGGGUGCUCCGGGAGCCCCGAGCCCGGCCCCGAGCCAGGCCCGCGGGCGGCGGCGGCGGAGGAGCUGGGCAGGUGUAUGCGGCUGGAAGAUGGCGCCCUCGGGCCCCGGUGGCGUGAGGCGGCGGUGCCGGCGGGUGCUCUACUGGAUCCCCGUGGUGUUCAUCAGCUUGCUUCUGGGCUGGUCCUACUAUGCUUACGCGAUCCAGCUGUGCAUAGUGUCCAUGGAGAACAUUGGUGAACAAGUUGUGUGCCUCAUGGCUUAUCAUCUACUUUUCGCAAUGUUUGUCUGGUCAUACUGGAAAACCAUUUUUACAUUGCCCAUGAAUCCUUCAAAAGAAUUCCAUCUCUCUUAUGCAGAGAAAGAAUUGCUGGAGAGAGAGCCAAGAGGAGAAGCCCAUCAGGAAGUUCUGAGGCGAGCAGCCAAAGACCUUCCCAUCUACACCAGGACCAUGUCCGGCGCGAUCCGAUAUUGUGACAGAUGCCGACUUAUAAAGCCAGACCGCUGCCAUCACUGUUCCGUCUGUGAUAAAUGUAUUUUGAAGAUGGACCAUCAUUGCCCAUGGGUGAACAAUUGUGUUGGAUUUUCAAAUUAUAAAUUCUUCCUCCUUUUCUUGGCUUACUCUCUGCUGUACUGCCUUUUCAUUGCUGCUACAGAUUUACAGUAUUUUAUCAGAUUUUGGACAAAUGGUCUCCCUGAUACUCAAGCCAAGUUCCAUAUUAUGUUUUUAUUCUUUGCUGCAGCUAUGUUUUCUGUCAGCUUGUCCUCUCUGUUUGGUUAUCAUUGCUGGCUAGUCAGCAAAAAUAAAUCUACAUUAGAGGCAUUCAGAAAUCCAGUAUUUAGACAUGGAACAGAUAAGAACGGAUUCAGCUUGGGUUUCAGUAAAAACAUGCGACAAGUUUUUGGCGAUGAGAAGAAGUAUUGGCUGUUACCAAUAUUUUCAAGUCAAGGUGAUGGCUGUUCCUUUCCAACUUGCCUUGUUAACCAGGAUCCUGAACAACCUUCCACUCCUGCAGGACUAAAUUCAACAGCGAAAAAUCCUGAAAACCAUCAGUUUCCUGCAAAGCCGUUGAGAGAGUCGCAGAGCCACCUCCUUACGGAUUCUCAGACCUGGACAGAGAACAGCUCAAACCCCGGGAGAGGCAAAGCCGGUAUGAGCAACCCUGCAUUAACUAUGGAGAAUGAGACUUAACUCUACAAUCAAAAUAAAACCACUCUUGUAAAGUACCAAGGCUGUGGAAGACUGGAACAAGCUUCCAAUUGGAAGGCACCAUUGGCCAAUUGUCUCUUUGGCUAAAUAUGCGAAUUUUGUCUUCACUGAUGGGGAUCAAACACAGCACUAUCAAGAAUUUCAAGUAAUCACCAAACUCAUGCUUAAAACAGAACACUGUUUAUUCCAAUAUAUAGACUUCUGUAACUAAUACAAAUUACUAUUAACCUUCAAAAGUAAUUAAAAAAAUAUUUUUUGCCAAAAACUGAGAAUAAGUUUAUGGGCCAAUUUUCAUUCAGAUAUUUGGGUUGUCCAAUUUGUCACAUAAUCUCAUUAUUUGGUAUUCUGUUUUAGAAAAUUUAGGUUAAUCUUAAGAUUUAAAAUUUUUCAAGUCACUUUAUCAUGCUAAGCUGUAUUCGGGAGCAGGUAAGAAAUCAUCCUUCCUUAAUUUUUUUUAUGAUAUGAAACUACCGUCAUAUGAGAGAGCUGCAUUAACUAUGAAUUCAUUAUGGAGGCCACCUACAGCUGAAGGUUUUCCGUCCUUGGUGGAAGGCUGUAAUUCUAGUUCUAGACUUUGUCUCACAUUAGAAAAUUCGAACACUGAAGCUUGAGCUCUCUGUUCAAAACAAUUGGAUAAAAACUUUUGUCAGAAUUAAUAUAAUGUUUUGACAAAGAACUUAUAUCAAGAAAUUUAUUUUCAUGUGUUCUCAUUUGAAAUCAGAGGGAAUAUAUGCUAAUUCUUAUCGAGAUUGCCUGGCAACACUCUUUUGUUGGUUUGGAUGUUAUCAAAUCUGUUUUUUCACUACUUACUAGGUGUUAUUGUGAAAUGACUGAGUUUCUAAGCAUUUCUGAUAGAUCAAUCGAUUAUUCCUCCACGCACACCUGUAUCAUCUCUAUGUCUUUUCAUCAAAACUAUAGUUGUUGAUAUAUAUUCUUCCUCAAAUGCCUAUCAAGAUUAAAUUAUGCAAAUCAUUUAAAAAUGUGGAAGUUUGGUUUACCGUGAACUAAACGACAUGCUGUUUAGAAAUGUAGUUCAAGGUAAACUAAAAUAAUGUUUUUGUUGAUGCCAAAAUGUUUGGCCUCAGUGAGUACACUCAGAAGCUCUUGUGCCUUGAAUGCACUAUUUACAAAAAGGAAAACAUCUCAUUAAAAAAAAAAUCUGGGAAUUAAGUUUUGUAAAUUAACCAUUAGAGUAGUGAGCUGUGCAGUUCCUUUGGUACUAAUUUUGAGGAUUUCAAGUAGAUUAGCUUUUUUUUUUUUUUUUCUAAAAAAGGCUAGAUAAUUGAAGUAAGCAAGAAUUCACUACAAACUGAAAGACCUGCGGAGAGUAGAAUAAUGGAAGAUCAUUGCAAUUAUUCAGCCUUGCUAGAGCCUUUGGGAGUUUUAGGAGUGUUUAGGAAGAGCUGAUGUCAGUUCCUCGUGUUUCACUUGGGCGCAGUGCUGGGCGUGACGGUGAGGGUUGCUUUCACAUGAUUUCAAGCUAAAGCCUUUGAUCUGACAAUCUACUUCGAAAGACUCAGAGGAUGAAGUGUGCUUUCCCCUUCGUCUUUAAGCAUGUUUGGGUCAUUUGUCAUUACCGGAAGUGCCAGACUGGAGCUCAUAGCUCCUGCUAGAAGUCUUUUGGGCAGCAGCAUGUGGUGUAUUCGAAGAUCUAUGCAGCAGAUUUUCUGAUAGCACAGUGCUCCCUUAUCCAUCUUCCAGGACAAAAGUCUGUGAGCAUGUCCUUUUAUCAAAGUGGUAGCUGGUGGGGAAGGGGAGGGUUUACAUUCUACCCUGCUAAAAUACUGUUAUUUUUGCUCUCUUUAUGUCGUUUAUGUACUUAUUUUAAACACCUAAGUCCAUAGUCCUAGGAGUCAAAAAUGGAAAAACAUUUAAAAAAUAAAUUUUUUUCAGUAUGUUGUAAUGGUUA